UGCCGUCUUGGCAAAUAACAGUAGCACACUACAAGAGACGUGCCGCCAAGAGCGAAUACAACGGUGCAGAAGCCGAUCAGUCACAGUCUACCUUAGACCCUCAUUGUCGGCCACCGUCCACACCGGGCCGCCUCCAGUCGUGGGAGUGAGCUACAGCAGACGUCCGAUAGCCGCUGCCUCUAUCACGGCGAAAGCGAUCAGACGAGCAACUCAGAACCCCGUCAUCCGGUUCCAGACGACCAAGAUCAGAAUGGAGUGUGUCCUGUCGUACCGCCACAAGCGGGGGGGAGCCGGGCAAGCACACCCACAUUGCCGAAUGCUGAUGGCAUUAGCGAACUCGAGCUAGCGGAUGCACGCCACGCCUUCGGUCUACAGUCCAGGCAGCGCCGCCCCCAACCUCGAGGCUGAUAUAGAGCAGCGGUCCGAUAGCUGUUACCUCUCUCGGCACCAUCAGCGUGGUCACAGCGUUCGAGCAAGCGACCCAGAACAUCGCUAUCCUCAGGUUCCGGACAACGGAGGAGAGCAGGAUGAAGAGAGUUCCGUCGUGCCGCCGCAAACGCAGGAGGGUUGGGCAGGUAUGCCAAGUUUGUUGGGCGAUCAGAGCGGCAACGAAGACACCAGGACCCAGUUGUCUGAAGAACUGAGACAAGUGCAAGAACAGAUCGAUACCCUUCAACGCAAUGCGAACGUCACAGCCACAGCUCAGGCAAGCGCGAGCAGAUUGUACGCCAAAAUCGCUCGCCCCCGCCAUCAAGCCAACCAAGCGGGAUACGCACCCUCUCCUCGCGAAACACGACGCCCUCGUCUUCUACCGACACGCUGUGUUACGCAAUCGAUAUAUUCAGAGUGGAGGAGAAAGAAAAGGGCAACGUCCAGGUGGCGGACAUCAGAAAGGAAAUCGAGGCGGAGGAUCAGGGAAACUGGUGCUGCGCAGCAGUGGUGAAGGAAGCUAGGAACCUAGACGUGUGGACCCAACAGCGGAAUUGACCCCACAAUGGAAUUUUGGCACCACC